AUGAAAUUUUAUACACAAAGUAUGAAAGUUGGCUUAGAUGUAAAACCGGAAGAUUUAAAUAUUCAUUUAAAAAAUGGUUUAUUAACAAUUAUGAUUAAACAAAAAGGUAAUAAUAUUGAAAAUAAUCAACAAACUAAAAUUGCCCGUGAAUUUCUACAUGAAAAUACUAUACCAAUUAAUGUUGAUCAAAAUAAAUUAACAGCAAAAUUAGAUAGAGGUAUAUUAAUUUGGGAAGCACCAUAUAUGACAACAUCAUCAACUAUAACAACAUUAACAAAUGAUUUAAUUGAUAUUCCAGGAUAA